GCGACUACAACUGUGGCUUCGGAUGGCGAGCCGACCUCACUGGGCGAAGAUAUAAGACAGAGCCGGUGAACGACGGAACCAAAGAGCCCGCAGUCGAGAGCAAGACGAGUGCGCAGGUGCGGGACUUCCUUCUCGGCAGCUACUUGGCCAUGGCCGCGGCCGACGCGUUUUGGCCCACGGGACCCACCUAUUACAAAGGCACGCGCAAGAGCAAGAUAUACCACAUUGCGAUGCCCGUCGAUAGCGUCGGACGCAUUCGGCAGCUAGACCCAUUGCUGCUCGGACUUGCACGACGGCUACAAAGGCGCGUCAGCACGCACUUGCAUGACCACGUCCCCGUCUAUGUGAACAUGGACAUACAUGUCACUCGCGCCCACAUCCCCAAGCUGACGCCACUAGCGAAUAGAGGCAGCGUGAUGGUGGCAUGCAUCGAUGGUGUGCGUCGGGUGGAGCUUCUGCAGGAAGUUGGGCAGCACGCCAAUAGCGUCAGCGAAGAAGAGUGGCGCAGCAAGUGGGGCCAGGGCGACGUGCAGGGGUGCUGGGAUAGGCUAUCAUCCUGCAUUCGGCAGGCCAUGGCAGAACGCCCCCCCAAAGUUGCAUAUGACAAGGCGGAGUGUGAGCAGAUUACGUUCGACGGCGACGGAUCUACAGAGUUCGACCGGAUGAAGCCAGGCUUGUACCAGUUGUCGAGGCAGCUUCAACACGGCAGGAGAAAGCAAAAGUUGAAGAAAGCGAUGGGCAUA